AUUUUGUUCAAUUCAAAUCUUAAAUUUAAGGUAGAAUAUUUGCUAUUUAUUGGGAAGCUAAAAUUAUAUGAUCUAUCUUAAAGCUCUUCAUGCAGGGUAUCUUUAGGUAUUAUUGGCUCAUAAAUUUAUUGAUACUCAGCAUCUUUAGUUUCAUUUUUUGCAAAUUUUAAUGGAAUCAUUUGAUUACCUAUUGGAUUUAUAAUUAUGUUUGUCUGUAGAGGAAUUAGUAUCUGGCCAUUAUUAAUAAGGUUAAAACAUAUGUAAUAAUAUUAUUAAUUUAGUUCAUCUGUCAACCUUCAAAUGAAUCAGAAGGAAAAUUAAACUGUUUCCCAGAUAAAUUGAAUUUACAAAAAUUAAAUAUACUCAAAGUAUCAUUCAUGUUUAUAGUAAUUUCUUGUUUCUCCCUUCAACUUUGUUAUUAAUAGGCUAUAUAUUUGGGUAAUAAGGUAAAAUUGCUUAAAUGAUUAAUUCUUAUAUUAAUUUACUAUAGAUUCAAUAUAAUGCUUUAAUUAAAGGAACAGCCCUUGAAAAUGUUAAGAUUUAUAAUGAAAGUAUAUAUUCAUUAUUAUUCAUAGUUUAAGAUAAUCAAAAACCAUCACAUCAUAUUAUGUAUGUAUCAAAAAAUACUUAUGCAUGUGCUACUUAAGAAAGUAAUACAUAACCUUUAGUUCUUUAUCUUUUUUAUACUUUUUUUCUACUCAUUUCUUGUCAAAAUUAAUUUACUCCAGCAGAUUAAUGA